AUGUUUCACAAGGUCAUUCCAAAUAGUAUACCUAACUCCUGCCUCUCUCUUAGCUCGUUGAUAGCAUUUCUUUAUUCUCCUUUCACCCCCUCUCUCCCUCUCUCUCUCCCUCUCUCUCUCCCUCUCUCUCCCCUUCACCCUCUCUCUCUCCCUCCCCUUCUCUCUCCCCCUCUCUCCCUCUCUCUCUCCCCCUCUCUCUCUCCCUCCUUUUCUCUCUCUCUCUCUUCUUUUUGUCACAACAGCGACAAAAUGGUGGGGUCUCGUCCUAUGGGCGGCAAAUCACAUGAGAUCAGGCGAAGCGAUGGUUCUCUGCUCUCUCUCUCUCUCUCUCUCUCUCUCUCUCUCUCUCUCUCUCUCCAGUCUCUCUGCCGUAGUCUUGUCUGCGGUGUCUCCGCCGUCUGUAUCUUCAUCUACUCGGCUUUCUCGUUCCCCAAACAACCAAUAAGGGCUCUCCCUGCAAAUGUCCAAAUAUGGGGGAGCCACUCCUCCCACCUUGGAAUUCUACCUGAGCUUUCUCCUUCUUUUGGUCACCGGAUCAAACCAGCCUCCUUCUUGAUUUGUGUGAGUGCCUCUCAAUAUCACUGCCCAAGGGGGCGUGGAAAGUCCUCCGCCUUCCCUGAAAUUCAACCUGGGCCUUUUUCUCUUUGGUCACCUAAAGAAACCGGUCCCCCAAAGGCCAGGCACGGUCUGGCCCAACGGCCAGAUUUGAAUUAUCGUUCAAAAUUCUUUCUCAUCGUGCUUUUGUGUGUGGUCGCUUUCGCAUCUUGA